AUGGCCUCAAACGAGACGACUUUCACUGCAAGGAAGGCUGUGCCGAUGGAAAGCUAUGUGCUUUCGUCGAAGGCGGCAUGGUCAGCCAUGAAUCCGUCGCAUAUGGCUCCUCGCCUGUCUCCACCGUCCCUACCUCAUUGUCAGCUCGCCACUCGUCAGCUCCCUCCGCUCCUUCCGCCUCCACACCCGCGCGCUUUCAUUGCCACUGACCACCACCCAUACUCCUGGUCCGAACCACCUACAUCGUCGUUGGCUAACCGUCCAUUUGUCCGAGCAUCUUUCUCCUUCCGCGGAGCUCGAGCGGGUUUGGUUCCGUCCGUCCCGCCAUCGGCGACGGGUUGCUCCGCGAGCGCUGGUGCUCCUUGGAGCAGGAGUGGCGAGCGGAGGGAUAACGGUCAUCAGCAGUCCGCUUUUUCCUCGCCAGCAGAUUCUAUUUCCGCGUCACGGUCUCCACUCUUGGCGAUUUCGAAGCAGCCGCAACAUCCACAAGCGUGUCAAGUGCUUGAGCGGCAUGCAGUGCAGUACCGGAAGAAUCCCUGUCAGAACCAGGAUCAGCAGCAGUACGGCGUGAAUUCCGAGGAGCAGGCCAGUCUGAAGGCCAAGACUCACCAAGAAACCAGUCCUGGAAACAGCACUGAGAGCGCGGAGAGAACGGAGAGCACGGAGUUGAAGAAACUAGGAUCGGCGGAAGCCAAGCUGGUGGUGGAGGAGGUGGAGAUUCUGGAGUUUUCCAAUGACGACAUAGCAGGCCCCAUCAAUCAGAAGCCGUUGACUGUGCCUCAGGAUGCGUCCUUGGACCUGGUGCACGAGGAUUUACUGCCUCCCUCCGCUAUCUCCAUGGGUACUUUCGACUUCCCGUACGACUGGUCAUCCUUCUCCACCCAAGACCUGCAAUCCGAGCAACCCGAGUCUCGUGCCUCCGCCAAGGGAGAGCUCCUCACAAUCGCCUCUCUGGAAUCCCUCCAGGAGGAGGCUGUCGGCAGCCCAGUGUCAGUCCUGCGGCGCCAAGGCACGUCGCCAGGCUCGGCAACCUCCAAGCCUCUCGCAGCUGUCCAAUCGAGCAACAAUUUGCUCUCUGGCGACACUAGAGAUGACCUCCACUUGGGAGAAGGCGGGGGGUUGACUGGCCGGGUACUUCUGUACUCGGACUUUGACGAAGAGGACGGAGCGGAUUUCAGCAGCGUAAUAGAGGAUGACGAGAUGUGGGCGUCGCUCGGCUCUCCCGAAGCUCCGCACGGCUGGCUUGCCUCGGCUUGCCUGGCCACCUGUUGGCCCAAGGCUCCCCGGUCUAAGAGGCGGCGGGUUUCCAUGGAGGUUUCUUGCGCUGAUGCGAGUGCAGUGUCUGCUUCCAUUGGUGCUGCUGCGAGCGAUGAUAGGAAGGGCCGGGAUGGGACUGGGGUGUUCACCGUGGCCGAUUCUGCCAAUUCUGAGGGGCCGCAGGUGGCUGCGUCCGCGUCCGUGGUGUCUGGAUCAACCGUCUUUGCUUCGCCGUCUGCUUCUGCAUCCCUCUUCUCGUCCACUAUCCCCAGAGCUCUCUCGUCUGACACCCUAUCGGCAGUCACUGCCCCACAGUCAUCUACGUCUGCAGCAGCGGGAGCAACUUCGUGGGUCCAGCCGCGCACGGCGUUCCUGCAGGCCCUUCUGGAGGACGUGAGAAGGCCGAAGCGCGUGCGUGGCUCUGCUGCUUCGGCUACUUCUUUCCGGUUUGGGAUGAUGGAGGAGAGUCACGAUGGGGCAACCAGCGACUCCCCUGCUGCCCACGCACGUGGGCUGGCUCGCUCCCUGAAGAACAAGAGGGACACCGCGACAGCGUUUGGUGGCACCACAGCUCUGGGCGUGCUUCACUUGGUGCCUGGUUCGUUUAGCAGUGGGAGUCCUUACGCCUCGGAGUAUGCAGAGACGUGGAACUCACCCUCAGGGCCCAAGACCCUCUGCAAUGCGUGUGGAGUGCGGUUCAAGAAGGGGAAGCUGUGUCCUGAGUACCGGCCUGCUAACAGCCCGGAGUACGAGGAGAGCAAGCACUCGAACCAGCACCGCAAGAUACUGGCCAUGCGCAGCAACAUGGCUGCUGCCGCCAGCUGA